AUGGCUGAGGCUCUCGUUUCAGCAACCUUGGAACAACUGUUUUCAAUCCUCUGUCAACAGACAGAAAAGGGAACAACACUGAAUGUUGGUGUUGACAAAGAAGUUGAAAAGCUCACUGACAAUUUGCUGGCCGUUCAAGCUGUGGUUAAAGAUGCGGAGCAGAAACAAGUGGAAGUGGAACCUGUGAGAGAUUGGUUGCAAAAGCUCAAAAACUCAUCCUCAGAAGUAAACAACGUAUUGGAUGAAUGGAACACGAUGAUCAGCAAAUUGCAACUUAAGGAAGUUGAAAAUGCUUCCAAGCCUUUGAGAAAGGUAUGUUCCCUUAAGCCUUACUAUCUAUCUUGUGUUAGGCAAUUUGCUCUGCAUUUUGAUGUUGCUGCUGAGAUUAAAAAGCUAAAUAAAAAACUAGCUGUUGUUGCCAAGGAUAAAGGUAGAUUUAAGUUUAGCAGCUUGCCUGAGGGUACUGAAACUCUAAAACAACCAAUAACUACCAAUGUUGAAUCAAAGCUUCAUGGAAGAGAUCAGGAGAAAAAUGAUUUAGUAAAAUUCUUGGUGAGUAAGAGUCAGCAAGAGAUAGCCCCCUCUAUCAUUUCCAUUGUAGGGAUGGAAGGAAUUGGGAAGACAACACUUGCUCAAUUUACUUUUAAUGAUAAUAAGAUAAAAACUCAUUUUGAAAUAAGAAUAUGGGUGUGUGUGUCUCGUCCUUUCAGUGUAUCUAGGAUUGCGAAAGCAAUCCUUGAAUCUCUUACAAAUAAGAAAAAAAAUUUAGUUGAAUUAGAAACUGUCUUGCAAAACAUAGGUCAAUAUAUUAAGGGAAAGAUAUUUUUGCUCGUCCUAGAUGAUGUGUGGAUUGAAGAGGUCCAAGAAAAUUGGAUAAAAUUAAUGGAAUCUCUUAAGUUGGGUUCAACAAAAAGUAGAGUUUUGGUGACCUUACGUAAAAAAAAACAUGCAAAAGAGAUUGGAAGCAAUGAAAUGAUCACACUUGAGAAAUUGUCAGAUGAAGAAUGUUGGUCGUUGUUUAGUGAUCAAGUUCCAUUCUUGGAGGAAACAGAUAAAAAGUGUGAAGGAUUUGUAAAAAUUGGUGGAAAUAUUGUGAAAAAGUGUAAUCGCUUGCCUCUAGCUGUAAAGAUGUUAGGAAAUCUCUUAAGUAUGAAAACAGAAAUUGAACAGUGGAACAGUGUCUUAGAUAGUGAAGUAUGGGAACUAGAAGACACAGAAAAGGGGGUUUUCCCUUAUCUAUUGUUGAGCUAUUAUGAUUUGCCGUCUAAAUUGAAAAAAUGUUUAUUAUAUUGUGCUAUCCUCCCAAAAAACUAUGAGAUAAACAAAAGUGAGUUAAUGAAGUUAUGGAUGGCUCAAGAUUAUCUUAAAGUAGAAGGAAUGGAUGAUAUGGAGCUAAUUGGUGAAAAGUAUUUUGAAAACUUAAGGGUGCACUCUUUCUUANGGAGUUUUCCCUUAUCUAUUGUUGAGCUAUUAUGA